AUGGCAAGGGAAGUGAGCCGGGGACCAAGGUGUCAAAUGAAAAACGAUUCAUCUGAUAAUUGUCUCCCAGGUGUGGAAGAUGCAGCGGUGAGAUUCCCUCAUGUCUCCUCCUGCCGGUCGCUCCACACCAGCAGCCGGCUGGGAAACAAGCAGGACUUCUAUGAGGUGUUGGGUGUUUCCCGCACCGCCACAAAGAAGGAUAUCAAAAAGUCCUAUUACCAGUUGGCAAAGAAAAGUCACCCAGACGCCAACCCAGACGACCCAGGGGCCGAAGCAAAGUUUGUUAAACUGGCUGAAGCCUAUGAGGUGCUAAGCGACGAGGUGAAGAGGAGGCAAUACGACCACGGUCAAGCCGGCGCCGGCUCGACUGGGGUCCAUCUUGAGGAGCUCUUCAGGACCAUCUUAAGAUGGUUCAUCGGAGGAAUGGGCUUUGGAGAUAGCAUGUUCGAUCAAAGUCCAGAGUUUGUGAUGGAGCUCACCUUUAUAGAGGCAGCAAAGGGAGCAGAUAAAGAGCUGACUCUAAACAUUCAAGACUCCUGUCCACGGUGCAAUGGGAUGGGAAGGGAGCCGGGGACCAUGGUGUUACCAUGCCCCUACGGCACCGGGGUGGAGUUGAACAGCACUGGUCCCUUCCUGAUGUACAGCACCUGCCUACGCUGCGGUGGGAAGGGAUCCAUCAUCACCACGCCCUGCGCUCUGUGCCGAGGGUCGGGUCAGAUGAAGAAGAGGCAGACGGUCACUGUACCUGUACCUGCUGGUGUGGAAGAUGGUCAGACAGUGAGCAUGCCAGUGGGUAAAACAGAUAUCCUCAUCACAUUUAGGUACAGUCAUUUCAACACAGCUAUGACACCCAUGCUCCAGGAGCUGGACCUUUUUGAAAUGAUUCUAAGCAGUGAGGAAAGUGUCCCCCAUGGGGGCACGGCCAACGUACAGGGUCUCUACCAAACCAUCAGUAUGAUAAUUCCUCGCAGUUGUCAGGACCAUCAGGUGAUCCGGCUGGAGGGGAAAGGGAUUAGGAGGAUGAACGGCUACGGACAUCAUUAUGUUCACCUCAAGAUACGAGUCCAUAAGAAGGUGACGGAUCGCCAGCGCUCUAUGCUGCUGAGUUACGCGGAGGAGGAGACGGACGUGCAGGGAACCGUCACCGGCGUCAACCCCUCAGCAGGUCAGGGUCAACCAGAGGAGGGACAGCAAGCGAAGAAGAAGGAGGAGGAGGGGGGAUUCUUCUCUAAACUAAAGAAAAUGUUUAGCUGA